AGAGACAAAAUUGUACUGUGUAACAUCAUUAACAAUAAGAUACAUUAAAGUUGUUUUUCUAUUUUAUUCCUUUUCGAUCAAAAAAGUCAAUAAGUCUUGUUCCUAUUUAUCUUCAACUUCUAACUGGUGAUUAGGGUUUGCAGUUCCAUUUUCUCAUCUGUUUCUUCUUCUGGUUUUUUAAGCUUCUGUUUUUCAACUUCAUGGUGUUCAGCUUUGUUUUUAUAAGGUUUGUGAAGAAAAGAUAAGAUAAGAAGAUGGUUAUUGAUGGGUAGUAGACGUAGAACUGCUGAGGACACUAACAAGGUUGUCAACGGGAUGCCAAGCUACGCUCCUCCAUUGCCACCUUCUAAUUCCAUGGGUAUGGAAGGAAAUAUUCAUCCUUCUCGACUUUCUGAUUUUGGAGCCAUCGAACAAUCUCUUGGAUUUCGCAUUGAAGAUGCCAUGAAUCUUAGCAGAAAUCCAGUGUUUAAUCAAAUGAAAUCAAAUAGCCAAGCUCUAGGUGCUGAUAUUCAAUUUGGUGCUUUAAACAAGGCAAUUGCUAACUCGGAUACAAAUCUCUCUGCUGCAAUUGGUGGAUCUCAGACAUUGCAAUUGCAAAAAGAGUCACAGUCAAAUUUGGCCUCAACAUCUGGUGGCCAUCGUGAGAACUGGGGAGAGUCCAACAUGGCUGAUGGAAGUGCUGAUACUUCAACCGAUGACACAGAAGACAAAAAUCAAAUGCCUGAAAGGGGAGAAUCUAGUGAAAGAUCGAAAGAUAAAUCAGAUCAAAAGACGUUGAGAAGGCUAGCUCAAAAUCGUGAGGCUGCCAGAAAAAGCCGACUGAGGAAAAAGGCAUACGUGCAACAAUUAGAGAGCAGUAGACUGAAAUUGACCCAACUGGAGCAAGAGCUACAGCGAGCACGCCAGCAGGGAAUAUUCAUUUCAAGCACCGGAGAGCAGACUCAUUCAAUGAGUGGAAAUGGCGCAAUGGCAUUUGAUGCUGAGUAUGCACGAUGGUUAGAAGAGCACAAUAGGCAAACCAAUGAGCUAAGGGCUGCAAUAAAUUCUCAUGCUGGGGAUAUUGAACUGCGUACCAUUGUGGACAAUUUCAUGACUCAAUUUGAAGAUAUUUACAGGCUGAAAGGUGUUGCAGCUAAAGCUGAUGUUUUCCACAUUCUAUCUGGAAUGUGGAAGACUCCAGCUGAGAGGUGUUUCAUGUGGAUUGGAGGCUUCCGCUCAUCCGAACUUCUUAAGCUUCUAGUAAGUCAUUUGGAGCCUUUAACUGAGCAACAAUUGAUGGGAAUCUACAACUUGCAACAGUCAUCCCAACAAGCUGAAGAUGCUCUCUCCCAAGGAAUGGAUGCAUUGCAGCAAUCACUUUCUGAGACAUUAGCUAAUGGUUCACCCAACCCAUCAGGUGCUUCUGGAAAUGUGGCAAACUACAUGGGCCAAAUGGCUAUGGCCAUGGGAAAACUUGGUACUCUUGAGGGGUUUCUUCGCCAGGCUGAUAACCUGCGGCAGCAAACAUUGCAACAAAUGCUUCGGAUAUUAACAACCAGGCAAUCAGCUCGAGCUCUUCUCGCAAUAAGUGAUUAUUUCUCCCGGCUGCGAGCACUGAGUUCUCUAUGGCUUGCACGGCCAAGGGAUUGAAAUGUAUCCAAACCUCUAUUUAUGUUCUUUCAAGCCUGGCCCCUUAAAAUGAAGCCGGUGUCUUUUGGCUAAUGAAUUCGUGUUGUGAAGAAGCUUAGUUGUGGUGCUUGCAAACAUUAGAUACUACGAUUUUUCUAUUCUCCUCCACCUACUGUUGGUGUGGUACAAACAUUUUUCUUUAAGCUUUUCUAUGCUUUGAAAAAUAGUCUUCAAUAAUUUGAUUAUAUAGGUGUAUGAUAGAUAGAGUUGAAGGGGGAAAAUGUAGAAAUAGUGUUUGUAUUUUAGGUUACAGCUUGUUCAUUUGAGGGUGAUUUCCUCUCUUUUAGUUUCGUUUUGCGCUUAAUGGUUUGUGGUUUCACACUUGUGUAUGUAUAUAUACGUUUUUUCUUGUGCUGUAUUGGAAAGACAUUACUGACUAGUAACUUAAUAUGUCUUGUGACAAAUAUUUGUAUAUAGUUUGUCUACUUGUUCAUGAGAAAAAGUGGUAAGCUCUUUCGAA